GCUCCCCUGGACGACAUGCACAGACCUUCCGGACGACACUGUGACCAGUACAAAAAUGGCGGCGCCUGCUUCACUCGCCUAAAUUUCCGCUCCAGGAGGCGCGUAGGCCUGCGGUCACGUAAAAGUUGUCAGACGGCCAGCAUUGCCACGGCUGAAGUGUCCACCCAGGCCAGGAGGCAUGCAGAUGCCCAGGUGCAGACGGAGACCCUUGAGCCAGGGGCUGUAGCUCCUAUGUCCCGGCAUGAUGGACCCCGGCUGGCAGCCUUUCUCCGGAAGGUGGAGGCCAUGGUCAUCCGGGAGCUGAACAAGAACUGGCAGAGCCAUGCCUUCGAUGGCUUCGAGGUGAACUGGACCGAGCCGCAGCAGACGGUGUCCUGUCUGCAUACCCUGUGUUACCCUCCAGCUCAAGGGCAAGGCCUUCAUGUGACUGGCAUUUCGUGGAACUCUACCGGCUCUGUGCUAGCCUGUGCCUAUGGCCGGCUGGAUGAUGGGGACUGGAGUACACUCAAAUCCUAUGUGUGCACCUGGAACCUGGACCGGCGCGGCCUGAACCCUCAGCAGCCAUCAGUGGUGGUGGAGGUGCCCAGCGCUGUCAUGUGUCUGGCCUUCCACCCCACCCAGCCCUCACACAUUGCAGGGGGUCUAUACAGUGGUGAAGUGCUGGUGUGGGACAUGAGCCGAUCCGAGGACCCGCUGCUAUGGCGCACAGGUCUGACUGAGGAUGCCCACACAGAUCCAGUGUACCAGGUGUUAUGGCUGCCCGAGCCCCAGCAUAGCCACCGCUUCCAGGUGCUCAGUGUGUCCACUGAUGGGAAGGUGCUGCUGUGGCAGGGGGGUGGGGCUGGCCAGCUGCAGCUCACCAAGGGCUUUGCCCUGCUCAUGCAACAGCUGCCACGGAGCACCAGGCUGAAGAAGCCGCCCCGGGGGGAGACAGAGGUGGGCGUGACAGCAGUGGCUUUCUCCAGCUUCGACUCUAGCCUCUUCGUUCUGGGAACAGAAGGUGGAUUCCCACUCAAGUGUUCCCUGGCAGCAGAAGCAGCAGCCAUGACACGGAUGCCCAGCUCUGUGCCCCUCAGGGCCCCUGUUCAGUUCACCUUCUCUCCUCAUGGUGGCCCUGUGUACUCUGUGAGCUGUUCCCCCUUCCACAGGAAUCUCUUCCUGAGUGCGGGGACAGACGGCCACAUCCACCUGUACUCCAUGCUGCAGGCCCAGCCCCUGACCUCGCUGCAGCUCUCCCAUAAGUACCUGUUUGCUGUGCGCUGGUCCCCUGUGCGUCCCCUGGUUUUUGCUGCUGCUUCUGGAGGAGGUGAUGUGCAGCUGGUUGAUCUCCAGAAAAGCUCACAGAAGCCCACAGUGUCCAUUACACAAACCCAGGAUGGAAGCCCUGUCUACUGUCUUGAAUUUAAUAGCCAGCAGACCCAGCUCUUGGCUGCUGGUGAUGCCAAGGGCAUGGUGAAGGUAUGGCAGCUGAGCACAGCCUUUACGGAACAAGGGCCCCGGGAAACAGAGGAUCUGGACCAGCUGGAAGCGCAGGUAGCCACUUGAGGGCAGCAGGGCUGGAGUGACUCUGCAGGGGAAGGCUGUGUGUGACAAAUAAAGAGCAAGGCUUUUGGGG